CUUCUGUACGCAUUCACACGACACACAGCUCCUGGAAUCAUGGCGGACGGUCACAGCAACAACAAUCAUGUCCCUGUUUUGCUUUCAUUUUCGGCGUUUUCGCGGCCGUCCUCUGUGCCUGUUGGUUCUGGAUAUGAAGUGCUCAUUCAAAAGUUUUUGUCACUCUACGGACGCCAGAUUGACCUCCAUCGUAAAUUCAUGAUUCAAUUGUAUUCGGACGAGUGGGCACAGUACAUUGAUUUGCCGAAAGGAUUCAUCAUAUCUGAGAAAUGCAAGCUACGAUUUGUACCUUUGGAAACGGAUGUGACAAUACUGGGGAACCUGAUCCCAGCCACCACGGUUUUCUUCUGCUGUGACAUGCAGGAAAGAUUCCGCCCAGCUAUCAAGUACUUCGGUGACAUCAUCAGUGUGGGACAGAGACUGCUUCAGGGGGCUCGUAUCCUGGGGAUUCCCGUCAUCGUGUCGGAGCAGUACCCCAAAGGCCUGGGUAGCACGGUGCAGGAGAUGGACCUUACUGGAGCCAGGCUGGUGUUCCCUAAGACCAAGUUCUCCAUGGUGCUGCCUGAGGCCGAGGCAGCCCUGGCCGACCUGCCGGGGGUCCGCAGCGUGGUGCUGUUCGGGGUGGAGACCCAUGUGUGCAUCCAGCAGACAGCCCUGGACCUGCUAGCAAGGGGUUUCGAGGUGCACAUGGUGGCAGACUCCACCUCAUCCCGUAGCAUGAUGGACAGAAUGUUUGCACUGGACCGAAUGGCUCGCACUGGGAUCAUUGUCACCACCAGUGAGUCUGUCCUCCUCCAGCUGGUAGGCGACAAGGAGCACCCAAAAUUCAAGGAGAUCCAGAAUAUUAUCAAGGCCAGCGCCCCCGAGUCUGGCUUGCUUUCCAAGGUCUAGACUAGGCCACACAUGG